GCCGGCCGCCGCCCGCCUGCCCGCCCUCCCCUCGGGACGGCCCCGCGGGGGGACCGCGCCGCUGCGGCAGCGCCGGUCGCGGACGGGGGAAAGGAGCGCGGAACACCCCGAAUGCAUUAUGUAAUGUCACGUUAUAUAAUCCUGAAACGCACGGGAGAAUUAAAAAGUCCUUCCCCGUCAGCCUGAGGUCGGGGCAGCCCCGGUGCUCUCGGGCUGGCGGCGGGGCGCCGGCCGAGGACAGCGGGGCCCGGCCCGGCUGCGCUUUGCGUCGCGUCCCUUCCCGCUGCGGCCCUGGGGGGAGGGCGGGCGGCGGCGCCUUACCUGCUCCCCGAAGUCGAUGGCGAUGUUGGUGAUGCCCAGAGGGACCAGGAAGCGGAUGAGGGGCCAGUAGUUAGUGAGCGCUGGAAAUUUCACCAUAGUCCCAGCUGCGCGGUGGCCCCAAGCACAUCUGCCGCCGCGGGAGACCGCGAGGGAGGACGCCGGGGGGAAGGAUGAAAGGGCAGAGGAGGAGGAGGGCGCUGCGUGUCCGUGUGCGGGAGGACGGGAGCGGCGAGGUGGACGCGGAGCCCCGGCCGCCGGGGCCGUCUCUCGCUGCCCGGCGCGGCGCGGUGCGGCGCGGCCCUGCCGGGUGCUGGCUGACGGCGGGCGCUGUGCUGCCGCCUCAGCAAGAGACCCGGGAGAUCAAGUCCAUCACCGCUGCCCUCCUCCCACACAACAAUGAUCCGCCGCCGCCGCUGCCGCCGCCGGAAAAAAAAAGAGGAGGGACGCGGCCGCCAGCCUCUUCUGCGGGCAGCGCUGCCAUCCUCGGGGCGCGGGGGCAAGGGGAAGGGCGCGGAGAGGGCCCCCCCUCGCCCCGCCUGACGCUCGCCGGCGGCAGGGCGACGGCCGCAGCGCCGCGGAGGAAAACACCGCCCUCCCCUCCCCGCCGCCGCCGCCGCCGCGGGGCCGGCGCAGGCCGCGGGGCCGCGGUGCGGGGCCGAACGCCGCCGGGGGCCCGGGCCGGGGCGGCGGGGCGAGGCGGACGGCCGUGCGGUGGGGCCCGGCCGCUCGGCGCCGCUCUCCGCGCCGGGCGCCCGAAACACGUGGGUUUGACACACGCACCGCACACGGUCUGCCUGGCGGAGGCGGAGGGGGAAAGAGCGGCACCGAGCGGCUCCUCCUGACGCCGGAGCGCCGGCGCGAUACCCCCAGCCGGGCGGGCUGCCUCAGCCGGGGCUUCUGGGGUCGGCCUGCGCCGCACCGGCACCUGUCAGCCGGCGGGGUGGGGAGGGGGCCCGCGGGCGCUGUGCCCGCUCUACAGCGGCCCAGUCUUGAGGCGGUGGGUCGGGCGCAGGCUGGUUUUCGUUGUCUUUCAAUUCUCGCAAGGAGAAGGCCCCAGCGACAGCAUCUCAGUACUGUGUGAGAGCCUGGCUUUGCUCGGCAUUUCCUUCGUCCUCUGGCUGCGAGUGCCGGGCAGCCCCAGCUCCCUGCAUGGCCUGCUGUCACGAUGCCUUGUGUGUUUGAUGUCAGCCCUCCUCAUGCAACUGAGUGCAAACAGAGCUGGGAUGGUACAGGGCUGCUGGCUGCUUCAUGCCCUGUGCAGGGGUGGAAUCGUAGAAUCAUUAAGGUUGGAAAAGACUUCUAAAACCAUCGAGUCCAACCAUUAACCCACCACUACCGUGCCUGCUCAACCAUGUCCACCCAUGCCACAUCUCCACAUUUCUUGAACACUUUCGGAGUUGAUGACUCCAACACCUCUCUGGGCAGCCUAUUCCAGCAGCUCAUCACUCUUUCUGAGAAGAAAUUCUUCCUAAUACCCACCCUGAACUUCCCCUGGCACAACUUGAGGCCAUUUCCUCUCAUCUCUUAUUGCUGUUACCUGGGAAAAGAGGCCGAACCCCACCUCACCACAACCUUUCAGGGAGUUGUAGAAAGCAGUAAGGUCUCCCCUGAUUCCUCUCUAGACUGAACAAUCUCAGCUCCUUCAGCUACUCCCCAUAAGAAUUUUGCUUCAGAUCCUCCACUGGUUUCACUGCCCUUCACUGGCCAUGCUCCAGGGCCUUGAUGUCUUUCUUGUAGUGAGAGGCCCAAAACCGAACACGGUACUGAAGUACUUCUUUACCACCUGGACACACUGCUGGCUGAUGUUCACCUGGCUGUUAGCUAACAUCCCCAGAUCCUUUUACUCUGUGGUACUCAUCCAGAGAGAGAAAAGCUGAGUGGGGAUCUGUAGCAAGUCCUCAACCAAGGAGAUGUCUAGUCCAUGGCUUUUCAUCUGAUAAAGUGCACAAAUAAAGGGACAAUGUCUGCCAGUAUCCUCUGUUCAUUUUUCAAAGUCUCUGCCUGAGUUCUGGACAAAAGGAAUGUGUUUGAGGCCCAGCCCUGGUCCUUGUAGGCUGAGAGCACACAUGGCUUUCCGAUCCACAGCGCUGAAAAACUGAGAGGCUCUUUCAGUUCAACAGGUAGGAAGAAAGACACAAAGGCCUUCUAAGAAUUUUGCGGAAGUUUCUCAACAUUUUAAAACUCACAGGGGGAUUUUGUGGUCUCAUUACAGUUGAGUAGCAUUUAGCUCAAUGAUGUCACCUUUCACAUCUCAAGAAGACAAUGGUUAAAAAGAAGGGCUGGCAAAGAGUUCAGGAAGGCCAAGGUCAUGUGAUGGCUGACAUCUGUGUCUGAUCUUCAGAGGAGCAAAGCACAGCGGAGGAGUGGUGGGCAGAUGUCCUAGCCAAAGCCUUGUGUGAAACAUUCACAUUAGCAAGAGUCCUUCCAUGUGUUUUGGAGAGUCAACAGGAGGUGAGCUCAGAAGAUCUGAACAGGCAGAUGUGAGGCCAUGGGGUGGAGUGACAGCUGACACGGCAAAGCCAGCCACAGCUGCUGCUGGAGGUUUUGUCCCUCCCAUGGCUGGAGCUGUCUCACCUCAUAGGCCUCAUGCUGACACAGGGCACGGCCUUCCUUGUGGGCAUGCAGGAUUCAACUCAAAAUGCUUAUGAUCUUUGUGAGGAUGCAAACAUGCCUGUGGAUCAAUUAACAUGCCACAGGCGUGGUGUCAUAGGAAUGAGGCUGUGUAGCAAUGUGAGGCAGGAGAGGACAAUAAACUGAGAGUUUGUGUUUGUGUAAGUAUUUUUGUACUAACAGCAACAUUAUCUUCAAUAGGAAGGUCCCCUUCUUUGUCCUUUGGUGAGUGUAUGGCAUGCCCCUGAAGCAUAGAGAGUAAAUCCUGAGCUCAGUGCCCAGCAUGACCUGUGGCAGCAUGCAUGAGAAUGUUUCGUGAUUAUUUUUCAACGC